AUGACAGUAGCUGUGUGUGCUGAGAAGUUCAAAGAUAUGGCUGCUUAUUCUAGACAGGCCGAGUACGCACCAUAUGAGAAAUGGAAGAUCGAUCGGUUCCUUUUUGGUCUAAGAGGUGAAAUUUCUCAUAGUGUUUCUCAAAGUGAAUUCACUACUUAUGUUGAAUUCUUAAGGCAAUGCUAUGUGGCUGAGAAUAGUUUGAAGAAAGUUCAAGAAGAAAGGGAUCAGUAUAGGAGUGGACAGAAGGACCAAGGGAGGCCAGGUAACCAGUUUAGGCAUAGACCUCAAGCUUUCAAGGGAAAACAAGUGCAACAUGCAAGGCCUAACCAUCCUCCACAAUGUCAAAAUAAGAAUCAGAUGCAGAGGAGGAGCACUGGUCGAGUUUAUACUUUGGAUGCAAGGAAGGCUAAGAGCAACAAUGCCUUAAUUGCUGGUACAUGUCUCGUUAAUUAUCAUCAUUGUUUUGUAUUGUUUGAUUGUCGGGCGACACACUCUUUUGUAUCAAUUCAGUGCAUGAGGCGUCUUGGCUUGCAAGCAAUUCCCUUGUCUCCUCUUAUGGUGGUUACUACCGCCAUGGAUGAUGUAGUUGAGACACCGUUGAUUUGUGAAAAUUGUUCGCUCUCGGUGAAUGGUAGAAUUUUCCAAAUUGAUCUUAUUUGUUUACCACUUAAGAAGGUUGAUGUGGUUUUAGGGAUGAAUUGGCUUUCUUCCAAUUUGGUGUUUAUUGAAUGUGAAGAGAAGUUGAUUAUCAUCCCAUCUAGUGAAGCUACUCCAAAGGAUGUAUUAACUACUAUCUUGGAAGUUACGGUUUGCAUGGUUAAUUUCUUAUUUGAGAAGGAAAAGUCAGUUCUCUUGGUUCUCACCAAGGAAUCUAGCGACAAUAUGAAUGUUACGCAAAUUCCUAUCGUUUGUGAAAUUCCGAAAGUUUUCCCUGAGGAUGUCACUUCUCUUCCUCCUGAAAGGGAAGUGAAAUUCUCUAUUGAUCUGAUACCUAGGACGACUCCAAUCUCCGUUUCUCCGUAUCGUAUGGCGCCACUCGAGUUGAGAGAGUUGAAGGAUCAAUUGGAAGAGUUGUUAACCAAGCAUUUCAUCCGACCUAGUGUCUCACCAUGGGGAGCUCUAGUGUUAUUAGUAAAGAAGAAAGAUGGUAGUAUGCGGUUGUGUAUUAAUUAUCGGCAGUUGAAUAAAUUCGCCAUUAAGAACAAGUAUCCUCUGCCAAGGAUAUACGAUUUGUUAGAUGAGUUGAAAGGAGCCUGUGUGUUCUCUAAGAUUAAUUUAUGA